AUGAAGCGCUUCUCUGCCUUGUUCCUAGCGGCCCUGGCCGUAGCCUAUCCCUUGGGACCGACUGGAGCCUCAGACACUCCUGACCCCAAGGAGAUCCAGAUCUCCAGCGCAAGUUUUUCUGGAAAUGGCUGUCCUCAAGGCUCUGUCUCAACCACGAUCUCUCCGGACCGUACGGUCAUCACAUUUGGCUUCGACAAGUUUCAAACCUAUAUUGGACCAGGACUCUCAGUCACCGAGCGCUCCAAGAAUUGUGCUCUUCACCUCAGCCUUAAGUACCCGGGUGGUUUCCAGUUUGCUCUUGUAGACAGCACAUACCAUGGAUACGCUCAACUUGAGGAGGGUGUCACAGGGACAUUCUACUCGACGUACUUCUUCUCUCAAGACGCCGCAGCCACUACUACAACGCAGACUUCCAUUGCCGGAGGUGGCAUUUGGCUCGACGGCCAGGUCUACACCAAGCAAGACACUAUUCCUACUGCAGCUCUCAUCUAUUCACCCUGUGGCGCAACAGGUAUUCUCAACGUCAACAAUAGGAUUGCUCUUACAUCCAAAAACCCGCAGGCCUAUGGCUCGAUAACUGAUGAUGAUGCUACUGUAGCGUUUACUCAACAGAUCAACAUCAAGUGGCUGGUUUGCAAGAAAUAG